GUCCGUUCAUUAUAUAGAAAUCUUUAACUUACGAAUCAUCCAACUUUUUUCCAGAACUCCGCUUCAAAACUCCCUUCAUGAACUAUGGGCACUUCUCAACUUUCUAGUGCCAGAUGUAUUCGCCAACUCAGAGCAAUUCGAUGAAUGGUUCAAUCUUGACAUUGAUGACAAUGAUGAAAAGAAUCGCCUGAUUUCCCAGCUUCAUAAAAUUCUUCGCCCCUUCAUGCUUCGUCGCUUGAAAAAAGAAGUCGAAACAAGCCUACCGCCAAAACACGAAACAAUUUUAUUUACUGGAAUGAGUGCGAUGCAAAAAAAACUGUACCGGGAUAUUCUCAUUCGAGACAUUGAUUCCAUUCAAGGAACUUCUGGUAGUCGUACUGCAAUUCUGAAUAUUGUAAUGCAGCUGCGAAAGUGUGCCGGGCAUCCUUAUCUGUUUCCUGGGGUUGAAGACCGCACCCUUCCCCCUCUAGGAGAACAUUUAGUGGAAAACUGUGGGAAAAUGGUGCUCCUUGAUAAACUACUCAAGAGGCUCCAAGAACGGGGAUCUCGCGUUCUUCUCUUCACGCAGAUGACUCGUAUAUUGGAUAUUAUGGAAGAUUAUCUUGUCAUGCGUCGCUUUCAGUACUGUCGCAUUGAUGGAAACACGACGUACGAAGUUCGCGAGAACUAUAUUGAUGCAUACAACGCUCCAAAUUCAGAGAAAUUUGUAUUUCUCCUUAGUACAAGAGCUGGUGGCUUAGGAAUCAAUUUACAAACAGCAGAUGUAGUAAUCCUUUACGACUCUGACUGGAAUCCACAGGUGAGUUACUCUAAUGUAUGAAGGCACCUGCUGAUAUUGAGAUUGUGAAUAACAUCUAACAUCUCGAGCAUAUAUUGUUUAUUGUUGAAAAGGCCGAUUUACAAGCGCAAGAUCGUGCGCAUCGUAUUGGACAAAAGAAGCAGGUACAGGUUUUUCGACUAGUGACGGAACAUACCAUUGAAGAGAAAAUUGUUGAAAGAGCGCAACAAAAACUCAAGCUUGAUGCGAUGGUCGUCCAGCAAGGCCGUCUAAAAGACAAAGACAAGUUGUCUAGAAACGAACUACUUGAAGCAGUGCGUUUUGGUGCUGACAAAAUUUUCAAAAGUAAAGAUUCAUCCAUCACCGACGAAGACAUUGAUCUAAUUAUCAACGCUGGGAAAAGGAAGACACAAGAACUCAAUGAUAAAUUUCAGGCUGCCGAUAAAGGUGACCUUCUUGACUUCACACUGGACGGAAAUAGUAAUAUGCAAACCUUCGAAGGGGUGGACUAUUCAGGGAAUGCUCUAGCUGCUGCCAAAGCGGAAGUUGGGAUGCUUGGAAUACUAGAUCUAGGUAAACGUGAGCGCAAGACUGUUGCGAACUACAACGAGAACAAACUGUACGCAGAUCAAGUUGCUGCGAUACAGGGUAGUAAACCGAAGGAAAGGAAAAGAAAAAAACCCAUUCGUCUCCCAAAAUCUCUGCGUUUACCUAGAAUGGAAGAAUGGCAAAUGUUCAACAGGACACGUUUGCUGGCAAUUCAAGAAGAAGAGGAAGCGGCAUUCCGGGCAUUACCUGAAGAGGUACAAACCGCAGCAACUGCAAAGAAAAAGGACAGAUUCAAAGACGACUCUAUCGUCACAGACGAAAACGUAGCUAAUGCGGUAAACGCUGAACCUAGUACAGCAGAGACGGAGGAGACAAAUCCCGAAGAAAAGCAUGUUGAGCUUCCGCCUCUGCUGAGUGAGGAGGUUCAAAAAGAGAAAGAUUCUCUACUAAAAGAAGGCUUUCUUGGAUGGAGCCGUGUGAAUUAUACAUCAUUUAUUAAAGCAAGUGCCAAAUAUAGUCGUUCAGACUUUGCCAAGAUAGCUUCUGAAGUUGGGAAGACGGAGGCUCAAGUUGUUGAAUAUUCAACUGCAUUCUGGGGAGAAAUUGGGAAGGAGCGAUUUUCUGAACACGAGUAUACUCGUGUAAGUAAUCUAGUUGCGAAAGGGGAAAAGAAACUUGUCGAUAUGAAGGCACUCAGGCAAAGUCUGAAAGUUUUCAUUUCCCUCUUCGACAAUCCCUGGGAAAAGCUCGAAUUUACUCAUGUCAACACCAAAGAUAAACUAUUUUCUGCCGACAACGAUCGGUAUCUGCUUUGUUGGACCCACAAGGUGAGCUCAUCUCUGCAUGAAUCGUCACUCCCUCGUGCUUCCUUCUAUAUCUAACAGGUAUCCUGUCCGUUUCCUUUUUUAUAUGCAGUAUGGUAUCGGACAAUGGGAUGCGAUCAAAAUGGCUAUCAGAAGGAGCCCACAGUUCCGGUUUGACUACUUUUUCCGCAGUUUGCCGGUUGACGUCAUUGGUCGUAGGUGCGAGACGUUGAUGAAAGCAACGCUGAAAGAGGUGGAACUCCUAGAAAAGAAAAUGCGAGAAGAUAUGGGUUUGCCAGGAGAGGUAAAAGAGGGGACUAGUCUUCCGCCCAUAAAACUUCCCAGAUUCAGAGAUAUGCAAAGGACUUUACGAGCAAAAAAGAUUCAAAAAAGGGAGAAAGAMAAAAACGAUCUCGAGGAAAAAGUUGAAAAUUUAGAGCAUCAGAUAGAAGAAAUUCAAAACCGACUAAAACAAUUGAGUAAGGAUCCAGAUAUUCAGAGAGAGAACGUUUCUCGGAAUGGAGAUUCUACCACGGAACGAGAACCAAGCCAUCCGGUGCCUGUUUCUCCUCCGUCAGCUACGACAGAAGACGCCGUUGCAGUCGACGAAUCGAAGGGUGCUAUUGGUCCAGACGGUACUUUCGUCGAGUUUCCUCAAUAUGAUGGGUUGAUACCUCCUAAGGAGUACAAGAAGGCAUUCGCCCAGUUUUGUCAGAGGACGCGUAAAUCGGUGAAGAAUUCACUAGAUCCCGAAGAAAGGAAAAAUAAGGAAAAAGUGAACAGAAUCUUGCGAGAGCGAUUCACUGCCAUGYCAGACGAAGAACGGCAAGUGUAUCGCGGCUGGACUGCUUGGGAUAAGUUGAGGUAUGCGCGGGAUCUUGAAAUAUACGAGAAAACCAAUCAAUCCGAUGCUGUUGGCAACGAAGCAAAUGAACAAAUUACAAUCCCAAAGAAACGCUCUGCUGAAGAUAGCAUUGCCUCUGUGCCCAAAAAGAAGAAGUUUUGAGUCAUUAUCUACUGCGURCGAGGUAUUGCGAAGACUA